ACUGACUAGGUCAACAUAAAAUUUGCACAUCUCUCUCUCUUCCUCUCGACCCCACACUAAAUCUACAGCCCUCAAAGCCUCUCUUUCCAGAAGUCCCUAGCUAGCUUAGCUAUUCUUAGAGAGUUUUAACGUAAAUCUGGCACUUCCUACCUAUUCACCAAUUUCCCUCUCAUCAAUGCAACUCACACCUCACACCCAACAUGACACACUUCCCUCCCAAACCCAAACCCAAACACAAACUCAUCAACAGAACGAAAAAAGGAACACCAAACAAAAAAAACUCAGAGAAGAACCACACAUUAAUCCUCUCUCCUCCGAACAGCGGCUGGUUUCUACUGGGACCUGCCUCAUUUCCGGUUCAGCAAUGGCCGCUGUUCGUGUUCUCCUUUUCUUCCUUCUCCUCCUCCUCCCUCCUCUCUCUUUUUCCUUAUCCGAAUAUGAGGCUCUUAUCAAACUCAAACAAUCCUUCACCCGUGCAGACAGGUUAAGUUCAUGGCUUCCUGACUCCUCUCCUUGCUCAGCCAAGUGGGUUGGAAUUAUUUGCUUUAACGGCACUGUCACAGGCCUUCAUCUCACAGGUUUAGACAUCUCCGGGACGAUAGACAUUGAAGCUUUAAAUGCACUUCAUGGCCUUCGAACAAUCAGUUUGGUUAACAACUCCUUCUCAGGUCCAAUCCCUGACUUUCACAGGGUUGGUGCUCUGAAGUCUCUCUUAUUAACAGGAAACCAGUUCUCUGGUGAAAUACCGAAAGAUUUCUUUACCCAUAUUACUUCUUUGAAGAAAUUCUGGAUUUCUUAUAACCAAUUCAAUGGUACCAUACCUGAAUCUGUGACACAACUAUCCCAUCUCAUAGAAUUACACCUUGAGCACAACCAUUUUUCAGGACCUAUCCCUCCUAUGAAAAUACCUACCUUGAAACAACUCGAUUUGUCCAAUAACAAGUUGGAAGGUGAAAUCCCUGAGAGCUUGUCCAUUUUUAGUGUGGACUCGUUUAAAGGAAAUGAAGGCCUUUGUGGGAAGCCGCUGGACAAGGUUUGCAUAGGCAAUAAUAAAACUAAUAAUAAUACUAAUACUAAUACUAAUGUUCCUAAUGAAGUACCACCUGAAGAAAAGUCCAGCAACUUCGUGGUGGUCGUGGUGCUUGGCAUUGCAGCGCUUGUUUUUAUCGCAUUUGCAUUUUUCACUUGCAAGCAGAGCAGUGAGGAGGAGGAUCACUUUGGUAUGCUUGGUGGAAGAGAAAAAGUGCCAGACUCUGUCUCUGUGGUUGAAGUGCAUGUGCCGAGUUCUACUUCUCACCGCAGCAACAGCAGGGCAUCAGAGACGAGCCGUAAAGGCAGCUCGAGAAAGGGUUCAACCCAUGGAAAGAACGGGAUGUCUGAUCUUGUAAUGCUGAAUGAUGACAGGGGUGCGUUUGGGUUGCAGGAUUUGAUGAAGGCCGCGGCGGAGGUGUUGGGGAAUGGCGGGUUGGGGUCUGCCUAUAAGGCUGUGAUGGCCACUGGGUUGUCCGUGGUGGUGAAGAGGUUGAGGGAGAUGAAUAGAUUACAGAGAGAAGGGUUUGAUGCCGAGAUGAGGCGGUUUGGAAGACUAAGGCACCGGAAUAUCUUGACGCCUUUGGCUUACCAUUUUCGAAGAGAGGAGAAGCUGUUGGUGUCUGAAUACAUUCCUAAAGGCAGCCUGUUGUAUGUCUUACAUGGUGAUCGUGGAAUUUCUCAUGCCGAGCUGAAUUGGCCUAUUCGUCUGAAGAUUAUCCAGGGAAUGGCACGUGGAAUGGGGUUCCUCCAUACUGAAUUUUCUUCUUAUGAGUUGCCUCAUGGAAACCUCAAGUCCAGCAAUGUUCUUCUAGGUGAUGAUUAUGAGCCACUCCUAAGUGACUAUGGCUUUCAUCCACUAAUCAACACACCCAAUGCCGUGCAAUCAAUGUUUGCCUAUAAAUCCCCUGAAUUCACACAAUACCAAGAAGUCUCUCCCAAGUCAGAUGUUUAUUGCCUUGGAAUUGUCAUUCUUGAAAUCCUUACUGGCAAAUUCCCCUCUCAAUAUCUUAGCAAUGGCAAGGGUGGGAUUGAUGUUGUGCAAUGGGUUCUAACCUCAAUGUAUGAAAGGAGAGAGGAUGAAUUAAUCGAUCCGGAGCUAUUGAGCUAUACUAAUUCGCGCAAUCAGAUUUUGCAACUUCUCCGAAUUGGGGCUGCUUGCACUGAAAGUAAUUCUGAGCAACGGCUCGACAUGAGGGAAGCCAUUAGGAGGAUAGAAGAGGUACAGAUUUAAGGCAUGCCAUGCUGUGACAAUGUACUAGUUCAAUACAUUUUGGCUUAAUUUGUUAGGAAAAAGGGGUAGAAGAGGCAAUAUUUUGCGAGCUAGCUCGUUCCUUCAAGACUAGAGAGAGCUUUGAAGACCAGUUCUGGUAAUGGAUCUAUGUGGUGAUAGAUUUGUCUUUGGCACUUCUUUACUACCCAAUGAAACGGUUGUGCAUAGCAUUUCACAUUCUCACAUUUUAAACUAGCCAAUUAGGGGAAAAAAAAGGAUACCAAAAAUUUGAAAAUGCUAAGCUGGAGCUGUAGUCAUGUUUUUUUUAAAAAAAAAACCUUUUGAAUAGAGCACGAUGACAACUCCUACAGAGUAAUCUUAACAUUUUUUUUUUUGGGGUGCAUUGUGGGUUGGCUUUGUGUAUUCCUUUCAAAAUGCAGGGUGCGUUGUGCUUGCCAUUCCUUUAAAUGAAAAGUCUUCAGAGACGCUCACUUAAUUCUGAUGGAUUUUGGUGAAGCUAGUUAGUGGUAAGUUGGGGCAUGACUAAAAUUUGAAAGAUGACAAAAUGGUUUCCACAACAGCGUUAAUUGCUUCAUUAUUUGCAUGUUUUUGAUCUCCUUUGUUGAUAAAUCUA